CUCAACAGCGACGUCAGUAUCCGCUUGAUGGUGAGAAGUUUCUGGUUGUUAGUAGUGGCUGCACUCUAAAUUUAUACUUAAAGUUUCAUGAAGGAUCAAACAUGGUUGUCAACACACGCUGAGGUGUACAUUCUGCUAGUACGACUCUAAUGCACUGCCUAGAUCAGCAGGGACAGGCUACAAUUGUUUGUUGAGCCGAAAAGAAGUUGUUGCAUUUAGUUUAGUCAGAAUGAAUAGCGAUUCAAAUUUUACGUCGCUCGUCUUGAAUAGCUUAGUGUAUCUCCUCAUCGUGACCAUUAGUGUCAUCGAAAUGGCAACCUCCAAUGCACUCACUACUGCUAUUUCCAAUCAAGACACCUCUACCGCUGCUGACAUUGCACAGCCUCUGGAGACCUUCACGCUCUUCCCGGGCCUUCCGAUCGAGCUUCGCCGCCAAAUUUGGCAGCACGCCCUCCCUCCGGCCACUCGUCUUAUCCCACUUCGACUGAAAUACAAAGCGCCCUCGGAAAAUGAGCCAGAGGCUGAAGAUGGGUCGCAAUAUAGCUUCGUUCAUGGAGUCCGUGGAGAACAGGUUGGAUACCGUAUGUGGGUUCGUGCAAAGGACCUCGCACUACUUGAAGUCUGUCGAGAGGCAAGGGCUGAAUAUCUAAUGGCGAACUCAAACAUACUGCCUGGAAUCUCGAAAAGAAAGAUUUAUUACCCCGACGCAGCCAUCAUUUACAUCCAGAAUUGGUACAGUCAAGCUGUCUACGACUAUACAGAGGCGGCUAAAGAUUACGUCAAAGAAGGCGGUACUUCGCCGGGUUGGUUCUCUGGUGUAAAGCGAUUAGCAGUACCCAACUACAGCAUAUCCGUUCGUUCACGCUCUGACAGGACUCGACGGUACCGUCUCGAGCAGGGAGAGGCGAAUAUUAGACAACUCUUUAGCGGCCUGAAGGAACUGAUUGGCAUCUCUAUCAGUUCUGCUGAUGGCGAAUCUAUGGCCCCAAGAGACUGUAUGCGGAGCAGAAUGCAAGCAUCGAACGAUCAUAGAGCAGAAAAUGACCCGAGCUACGUGGUACCAAAGUUGACUUUACUAGAACACAUUUUGGGAAGUGGUUUGGAGAGAUGGAGCGAUUGUUCUUGAUUUCCACAGGAAUGACAUGAGAGAAGGAGUGGGCGAGCGAAGUAUGUCAGUGGCCCAAGAACUGUAAGAAUAGGAACAGAGCAUGGAAUCGCAGUACCGAAUCAUCAUUGUGGAUUGGAUUCUGGUAAUAGGCUAUGAGUAUUUCUCUCAGCUAAGGAUAGAAUAGUCCGAACUUCCCCACACUACUUCACCUGACUAAGAAUGGUUCAAUUGUACAUAUUGAGUUGGGUUGGCUUAAUGCGCAGGAUUAAACGUAGUAUGUCCGCGAGUGUCAGACAUCAAGGCUAUAUGUUCGUUUGGCCUAGAGGGUAAUACUACCAAGGGCUUCAGUAAUCUAAUUCAACAUUGAACUUGCACAC